UUCUUUGAAAUGAGGUCUUGUGUGUGUGGUCAUAUUUCUGAAGCCUACAGCAUAGAAGGGAGGCCAUCCUGGCCUAAGGACAUCUCUAAAACCUGUUGCCAGUGGAAAUUCAUCUGCUGAAAACAUGCCUACAGCCUGAAUUUGACUGAGAUAGGGGCUAACCCUCACCAUCACAGGUGCUUGUGACCUCAGCAUAUACAUCAUCAUACAUAAGGCCUCCUGCAUAAGCCCUUGUUCUUCCAGGAUAGGGAGCCAAAUUGAGUGGUGUGUGUCACUGCAGGGUAUGGUGGCUUUGAAAUGGACAUAUUAGAGGACCUUAAAUCCCUGCAGUUUGAGUAUGGGAUUUCAGAGGAAGAUCGCUCCUGGCUCUAUUUGCGGGGCCGUUCUCGGGGAUUAAUGAUUGAGGCAUGUGCCCAUGCAGUCUUCUUCUGCAAAGUAUUCCGUAGUUUGAGGGAAUCAGUACACGAGCAUCAAAAUUCCAGAUCACUCUCAGUUGACUCAAUUGAUUUGGCUUCUGUUGAUGAUGGGAAGUUAAAAGUGGGCAUCAUUGGAGGCGGCCACCUUGGGAAGCAGCUGACCUAUGCACUGCUGCGGCUGGUCCCUGUUCCUGCAGAGAGCCUGCGCAUCUCCACUCGGAGGCCAGAGGCCUUGACUGAGUUCCAGAAAUUGGGGAUCCAGUGCUUUUACCAGAACUCUUAUCUGGUAGUUUGGGCCAAUGUGGUAUUCCUGUGCUGCUUGCCAUCUCAGCUGCCUCAUAUCUGCUUAGAAAUUCAAAACAUCAUUAAGAAGACCUGCAUUGUAUACAGCUUUGUAGCUACCGUUCCACUCCCCAGGUUGAAACUACUACUAAACACCACCAGUAUUUUGCGGCCUAAGUAUCAGUGUGCUGAGGAUUUUGAUAACAUCUGGGGGGCCAAUAAAGAAAUCACCGCUGCUCUCCAAGAUCCUGUGAUUCUUCGGGCUACUUGCCCUUACAGUGCUGCCGGAGGAAUAACUCUUAAUAUCAAAUGGUUGGAGGGAGUGUUCUAUGCAUUCCUAAACAUCUGCACAGCAAGCAAUGUGCCCCAUUCACAAGCGCUGCAGCUUCUGAAUGAAGUGUUUCUUUCUGUGCACUUCAAAGAAUGUGAAACAGAUGAAACUUCUUGCCCCAAAUUUCAGUUAACAGAUUUUGUCAACACAGUGUAUGUGAAGAACAUGUUUCAGAAAAGGCCUUUUCCCUGGUUUGAUCUGAUUGAUGUACAACUCAAGGAAACUCCCUUUAGCCAGCGGCUCUCAAGCAGUCCUGUUCUCCAAGACCACCUUACCCAUCUGUACUGUGAUUCCUUUGGCAUCUCCCUUGACAAGGAAGACCCACUAGUGGUCUCCACAGACAAUCCAUCGCAGUAAGAGAGCUCAGCGAUGAGGUGCAUUUUUCUUUCCUCUCACAGAUCCGCUCUAUGAGGUUAUGUCCUGAUUAUCACAGCUGACAUGUAAUAACAUGACUGUACUGCACUGGAAAAUUGUAUUGGUGGAGCUUUCAAUUGUAGACUAAACAAGAGGUCCUAUACAUCAACAUAUUUGGGUAUGUCUAGCUUUCAGAAACAACCAAAGUAUAAAUCUAAUGCCCAUUCAUAAGCCCCUUCCCAAGGAAAGCCUUAAGACAAAAUAUUCUAGAAGUUAUGAUGCCAAAUUCUAAAUUCUAAAGCUAAAUUCUAGACAUUACAAUACCAUUAUUAGAAAAUUAUAUUCCGCAACUUUUAUUUCCUGCAUAGUAUAUAGCUGACAA